GUGUGCGUGAUAGUUGUUGUAACUUGUUCUUCGUCGUUAUCCAAUUCUCUUCUCUGUCGAAUUUCUCACCUGAUAAUGGCUUGCUGCGGUGGUAACUGUGGUUGCGGCAGUGGCUGCAAGUGCGGCAGUGGCUGCGGAGGGUGCAAGAUGUACCCAGACUUGAGCUACACAGAGCAAACAACCACCGAGACAUUGGUUAUGGGAGUGGCUCCUGCUAAGGCUCAGUUUGAAGGUGCUGAAAUGGGUGUUGGUGCUGAGAACGAUGGCUGCAAAUGUGGAGCAAACUGCACCUGCAAUCCUUGCACCUGCAAAUGAGGUUGCAAAGUGAAAGCUUCAAGCAGAGACGAUCUUUACCCCCAUUAGCGGCAGGAAUAAUAACUUUUAUAAGUAGUUAAACUAUGUAUGUUUUAUGUGUGUGUUUUCGUGUACUCAGGUGUUUAGUUUAGACACCCUUUCGGAGUAUUAGAAUAAAGUGGUCAUGUCUUACUCUUUAACAAGUUCCAAUGUUUUGGAUUUGUGAUGGGUGUAUCUAGCCAUGGUUGCUUUUGUUAAUGUUUGGUUGCUUUUGUAUAAAGUUCAGCUAAUCUGAAUUAUCAGUCUCUGCUUAUUAAUGUAAUACUAUAAAUAUUGGU